ACAGUUAAUGGAUCAUUGAGUGAAGACAAGCGAAGUAGUGAACUAUAGAAGCUGUGUGUUCAAAUCACCAUUGACUAUUGUCAUAAUAUUGGUCUUUCGGCCAAUACACUCAGACGGUGACGGAUGAAAGCGAAAUCGGUAAACGGCUAAAUUGUGUUAUUGAAUCAUUUCACCAAAUCCACCGCUAAUAUAACAUAACAUCCAUCAUUUUUCCAGUCAUGUCAAAUCAAUUGCCAUCCAAAUCAGACUUAACUAAUUGUUCGGUGACGAGCGACAGCAAUAGCAUUGGUUUAGAGCCAAUUAGAAAUUUCAAAUGGACUACAAGACUUGAAAAGUGUUUGCUACUAAACAUGGUCCGUCUCAAGCCUAGUGGAAUUAAUAAACACUUAAGUAUACUUCUACUAAAAGAAAAAAUUACUAAAGAAUUACAAGUUAAUAUACCAAUUAAGGUUCUAUGGAAUUAUGUGACAGCUAAAUGGGAUAUUAGAGCUGCUGAUAUUAUAGAAAAUAUAAGUUUUGAUACUAGUGAGAAAGACUUUGUACUACCAAAAGAGUUUGACCAGUUGAUUGCUGAAGAAGGAGAAAAAAUGAAAAGACUAGAUAAAGAACGUUCAAAUUAUGAAAUUAAGAAGAAAAUAUUAUUAAAUUGUGGUGUUAAGACAAGAUCCAAGUCUAAUUCUAUGUCCUUUCUAGACCUGAAGGACGGUCUCAAUGUGACGAUUCCUUUAACAUUAUUAGAAAGCUCUCCAGCUGAAACAAAUGAAGUUGGAUCUGACAAUGUCCCAUGUACUAGAAGAUUAUUGCGUACAAAUGAUAAACUAAAAAAUAGUAAACUUGAUGAAAAAAACAAGUUAAAAUAUUCGGAACACUUAAAUAAAACAACAUCAAAUCAGUCUAAAGAUGUGGAGAAAAUUGAAAAAAUCUCAAAUUUUAUAGGUCGAAAAAGAAAAAUUAGACACGAGUCAGAAUCUAGUUUUUUUUCUGAUAAUACCAAACAGUGGAGGAAUUAUAAAAAUAAUUUAACAGAUUUAACCAUUUCGGGAUAUACUAUCAUUGGGCAGACAAUCUUGUAGCAACAAAAAUUCAUAAAAUUUAAAAAUGAUAAAUGACAAUGUCAUAGUGACACAAUAAGUACCUUUUCAUUAAAAAAUAAAUACAUUUAAUUAUAAAUGUUCAAUUAAACUGAUAACAUUUCUUUAAAAAAAAACAGUGUUGGGUAAGUUACUUUUUAAAAGUAGCUAAGUUACGUUACAAGUUACAAAAUAAAAUUGGUAACUAUAGAUUACUUGUUAGUUACUCAAGUACAAAAGUAAUGCAUAAUGUUACAUUUGUACUCAAAAGUAACUAAUUACAAUGACAUUACUCUUAUGUUUCUUAAGUUUCAUAAAAAAAAAGUAUUUUAAACCAAUCUUUUUUAUAUUUAUUUUAUACAAUAAUGUAUUUUCAAAAUUUUGAUCAGUUAUUUCAGCUAAUUUUUUUGUACAAAUAUCUCCAGCUACACUAAAGAGCUUUUUGACAGAAGC